CUGAAGCUGUGGAACAAGUACAGAGUCUCCAACAUUCCUUCCCUGAUAUUUAUCGAUGCCUCCACCGGAAAGGUGGUUUGCAGGAACGGCCUCCUGGUGAUCCGAGAUGACCCAGAAGGUCUGGAGUUCCCCUGGGGGCCAAAACCCUUCAGUGAAGUUGUUGCAGGGCCUCUGCUCAGGAACAAUGGCCAGACACUAGACAGCACCGCCCUGGAGGGCUCGCACGUUGGGGUCUACUUCUCCGCGCACUGGUGCCCGCCGUGCCGAAGCCUCACGCGGGUCCUGGUGGAGUCCUACCGGAAAAUCAAGGAGGCAGGCCAGAAGUUUGAGAUACUCUUUGUGAGCGCAGACAGGUCAGAGGACUCCUUCAAGCAGUAUUUCAGCGAGAUGCCCUGGGUAGCUGUGCCAUACCCCGACGAGGCCAGGCGGUCGCGCCUGAAUCGACUCUACGGCAUACAAGGUAUCCCGACUCUCAUCGUCCUAGACCCCCAGGGAGACGUGAUCACGCGGCAGGGGCGCGUGGAGGUGCUGAACGACGUUGAGUGCCGCGAGUUCCCCUGGCACCCCAAGCCCGUGCUGGAGCUGACAGACUCCAACGCCGUGCAGCUGAAUGAGGGCCCCUGCCUCGUUCUCUUUGUAGAUUCAGAGGAUGACGGAGAGUCAGAGGCAGCGAAGCAACUGAUUCAGCCCAUAGCUGAAAAAAUCAUCGCCAAGUACAAAGCCAAAGAGGAGGAGGCACCGUUGCUCUUCUUUGUGGCGGGCGAGGACGACAUGACCGACUCCCUGCGGGACUACACCAACCUGCCCGAGGCUGCGCCCCUGCUCACCAUCCUGGACAUGUCAGCUCGGGCCAAGUACGUGAUGGAUGUGGAGGAGAUCACACCUGAGAUCGUGGAGGCCUUUGUCAGCGACUUUCUAGCAGACAAGCUAAAACCCGAGCCCAUCUAAGGGGGUUUCCACGCCAACAGACGUUACUUAAAACUAGGUCUCUCUUCCGCCGCUCGGGGAUUCUCUAGCGUGUCCUCACGCCCGACCCAGUAUCCAACCUUCUUGUGGUGCCUUGUUUUACGCAGUGAAUCCUUCUCCUAAGCAAACUCCUUGAGAUGCACUUUCAGCAGAGAGUCGUUGGCGUUUGGAGACUUCGCUUGUGCUUCAUGGUGAUAUAUUCUCUAAUAACCAGGCCAGAACUGUUACCGUAUCGUUACUUUAUACAUGGCACUAGCUAGCAGGCAGAUCUUUUUGCAUGGUGUUCUUCCCAACGUAUGCAUCAGGCAGUGGAUGAGGUUCUUGGGGCUCUUUUCUUCUCCUUCUCCCUCUUCUGUCCUUUCCUACCGCCCCUGCUGACUGAGUGACUUUAAGGAAGCAAUAAGGAAAUUGUCCCCUUCACCCCUGGCCCGUCCUUUCCAACGCGAGUGCCCUGACGAGGCCGAGACAAAGUCUUAACUGCUGGCAACCUCUAAAAGAC